ACAAUCACCCACCAAUUACAGCAUUCCAGCCCCGCGGCCGUCUAAUUUCUACGCCGCCUAAUAACCAGCACGGGUCUGCCCGGCCAUUCCUAGUUGCCGGGCAGAGACCAACCCCCGGGAUGAACACACAAGAGUGACUCAAAACCGCCUCCAUGUCACCUCAGACUUUGGUUCAGACUUGGGUUCAGACUUGGCUCCGACUUUGGUUCAGACCGACUUGUAACAUGAACGUGAAACGUCGCAAAGGUCCGUUGGUUGAGGCCUUGAGAGUACCUACGCCUCGACAUGUGUUACAGCACAUCGAGGCGCACGCCGGUGACUGGGUCGUGACCAAAUUUCGGGCAAUUUACUCGGGCGACAAGCCGCUCGCCUUCUUCCUAGAGAAUCGGCAGGCGGUGGUGAAUGGCCUCAUUAGUCUGCUGUGGGAGCCGUUGCUGCUGGCGGCGGCGGCGGCCGGCGUGGAUGGGCCGGCGCAACGCCUCGGCAUCCCGGUGACUAGCCGCGGUGGCGGGGGCGGUGCCGCAGCGGCGGUGGUGUGCAUCCAGUUAAAUGCCACCUUCCCGUGCGAGCUGGAGUCUAAGCUGUCGGAGCUGCUGGACGAGGGCGGCGGCGUGGUGGCUCCCGCCGCCGGUGAUAUCCCCAGCCUUCGCUGGGAGGCUGAGGCGCAGUACUCGGAGGCGGGGCCCCCCAAGGGCAAGCGGUGGCUGCGCGUGAGCGGCCUGCCCCACGGACUGCCCGAGGGGCUGCAGCGGGACCUCGUGCAGCACCUCUUGAGUACCCCAGUAGAGGAGAUUACGCGGGACGUGUUCUCGUACCAGUUCUCGCAGCCCGUGCUGCAGAGUGGGCAAGUGCUGGUCAAGGUGGGCGACACCGCGCGCCUGCCAUCGGCCGACGACGCUUUCGCGGUGGGACUGGGCAGGUGGGGGCGCCAGGUGAUCUUCCAGCGGGAGGAUAUCGAUCGGUACCUCGCGCAGGCGGCCCGGGGGGCCCAGGUGCGCCGGGUACGCCACCCGCCGCCUGCCCCGGCUGCCGCCCGGGCGGCGGCCGCGGCGGCUCCGGAUGCGGCGGCCACGGCGGCCGCGACUGCGGCUGCGGCUGCGGCUGCGGUUGCCGCGGGCGCGGACGCCGCCGCUGUGGAGGUGCUGAAGGCGCCGGCGGCUGCUGCCGCAGAGGCUGUGGGCGUGGGCGUGGGCGACGGUUGCGGCCGUGGUGCCGCGGCGGACCCUGGGCUCGACGGCAGCGGCAAGGGCAACGGCAGCGGCCGCGGUCGCGGCACCCGCCCGUGGCAGCAGAAGGUCCACGGCCGCGUGGUGUCCGCGGCUGCAGAGGCGGACGCGGUGGUGGUCCGGUCGCUGGUGCAGGCGGUCUUCGCCGCGGUGAUCGCGAACGCGGCCGUGGUGCCGGCGGUGGUGGUUGACCCAAACCCCCUCCGCAUGCUGGUAGACCAGGACGCGAUGGAGGACAAGCCUGAGGACGAUGAGAUGAUGCCGGACCUGACGCCGACUGCGCUGGACGCUGCGGCAGCUGCGGCCCGGCGUGCGGCCCCCAAGCGGAGCCGGGAGCAGGCGCAGGCGGCGGCCGCGGCGGGCGAGGCGGCGCUGGCGCUGGCCAUCCGGGAGAGCAAGGCGGCCAAACAGGCCCUGGCGGCGGCGGCUGCGGUGCAAGCCGCCGCAACAGCCGCGGCGGCGGCGGCAGCAGCGGCCGGGGCAACGGGCACCCCGGCGGCGGCCGAGGCCGGGGCGGCCGCGGCGGCGGCCGCGGCAGCGGGCGCGCAGACGCACGUUCUUGACUCGGACAUUGACCUUGUCACGGCGGACCUGGCGGCAGCCGCUCAGCGGCUGCAUGCACGCGAGUGGACGGCGUGGUGGGCGCCGGCCCAGAAGCCGGAGGGCCGUCGUGUUACUGGCGGCACGGCAAUCCUCAUUCGGUCGAGCCUUCUGCAGCAAGGCGCCAUGGUGCUCACUGGCGGCGCAGCUGCCGUGUCGGUGGCGGACGGCGCGUGGGCGGGCCGCGGUGUUAGUUUGCAGUUGCAGUGGGGUGGCCACACCUUCACGCUGACGUCAGCCUACUUUCCCCUGGCAUCCACAGCACAGCAGGCUUUCAUUCGUGAGUGGGUGGGCCUGCGGGCGUCGGGCUCGGGCGAGCACCUCCUAGCAGCUGACUUCAACUUUGUGGCAGAUGUGGCGCUAGACACAGUCACUGGCCGGGCGCGCAGCGACGGACCCGCAGCCGCCGCGCUGGCGGCGGCGUGCCCUGGCCUCAUUGACGUGUUACGGCGGCGCCACCCGGCUCGCCGCGUGUGUACCUUCUUCCACCCCCACGGGGCGAGUCGGCUGGACCGCAUCCUGUGCAGCGGCGGCCUCGAACCACAGGUCCUGGAGUGCGGCGUCGCCGCCGGGGUGCCCUCCGAUCACAUGCUUGUGACGGUUGCCCUUGCGGCGUCGCCUGAAGCCGCGCCACCCGCUCGGAGCCUGCCCAGGGCCCACCUCGGUUUCCGGGACUUCAAAGACUUGGAUCGUGACUACCAUGCCUGGCUGGGUACGGCCCUGGCGGCACGCCCUACUGAUCCUGUUGAGCUGCUGGAGUGGUGGCCGGCCCUUAAACGGGCUGCCGCCACGUCCGCCAACCGCCUGAGCCGGGAAGCUGUUACGAGGCGUGUGGCCGCCAGCCAGCGGGAGGCGGCCGCGCUUGAGGCGGCGGCAGCAGCAGCCGCCGCGGUGGAGGCUGGCGGUGAUGUGCAGGUGGCGGCGCAGGCGGCCGUGCGUGCGCGAUGCACGGCGGCGGAGGCCGCCGUGGCCGCGGCCGCCGGCGCGGCGCGACGUACGCGCCACGCGUGGCUGCGUGGCGGCGAGAAGCCCUGCCCUCUCCUCACGCGCAUGCUGCGGCCGGCGGGUGGGCCGCGCGUGAUUGCCAAGUUGAAACAGCCCGAUGGCACCACUACAUCCGACCCCACGGUCAUGGGGCAGAUGAUGGCGCGGUACUGGAGGGACGUCAGUGCCGCGCCGCCGCCCGCUCCAGACGCCCGCACGCCAGUCCUGGAUGCGCUGCAACAGCACGGGCGCCGGUGUACAGCCGAAGAGGCGGAUCAGCUGGGGCGGGUUGCGGUCUCGGCGGCGGAGGUGCACCCGGCGGCAACGCCCCUGCGUUUGUUGGUGCGGGGGGCCGCGGACCGUGUGCUAAAUAAGCCGCUCACCCCGGCGGGCAAGCCGUUUGCGCGCCUGCUGAAAGCCAUGACUGAAUUGCCCGCGGUGACUCUUGUGGCGCCGCCCGAGCCGGGUGGGGACCGUGCUACAAAUGGCUCCACAGUUAGCCGCCCUGAAGGCUAAGCAUUUGCAGUAUGUGUGCGAUGCGGGUGUGUCGGGGGUGGGGGCUGCCCUGGCGGCGGGGGCUUUCGUGUGCACCUUGGCCCGCUUGUGGUCGCUGAAAUGGGAGAAUCAUCAUAAGGAAGCGCUGUGGCGUGUGGCCGCCAACGCUUGCUGGGCGUUCCCACGGCAUGCUAGCGAGCGGGCGCGAGGCGUUGCUGUUGACCCGUGUUGGGCGUGUGGGGUUGAUAUGCAGGAUGGGGACCGGCGUCACUGGUUUUGGGACUGCACUGUGGCGCUGUCCCUGCGGGAAAACAUGGGAAUGGCUAUGGGUUUCGUGCCAGAGGAUGCUCUAAGUGCCUUCUCUCGUGAGGAGUUGUGGUUGGUGCGCCCGCCUGCGGGGCUUGCGCCACCUGUGUGGGAUGUGGUGUGCCUCGCUGCUAUGUCUGCCCUGGACUUUGGUCGGCAGCGUAUGGUUAUGGCCGGGCUGGCGGCGCGAGCGAAGCUGCCGUCGGCCCGGGUGCUGAGCAUUGGACUUGCCGUCGUAGCUGACUUCUGGGGUCGGCUCCAGACGUUUGUGACUUUGGGUAUCAGGCCGAAGGGUUGGGACACUGUGCCGUCUGCGCAUCCUUUCAUCUCUCGGGCUGUUGGUGACGGCAUGGUUUUGCGCUUGCCGUAUGACGCUGAUUCCCCGCCUCCCUCGCCGUGAGAGGUUGUGCGUGGUUGGUGGCUUUGUGUGUGGGCAGGUUGCACGCGUGGGCGACCGUUCUAGUACCUGGACGCUUGCGCCCUGGUUAGUGCGUGCGCUGUGCGUGUGUCCUGCGGCCUAGACGUUUCCCGGCACUUCUGUGCCUAGGCUUGUGACGUUGAGGCACAGCGGUGGGGCUCUGGCGGGUUGAGGCUUGGCUAGGACUCACUGUGCGCGGAGUCACACGGACUUUGCCCGCGGGAGGGUUUGCAGCAAAGUCGGGGUUGGUGGAGUCAUGUUGGGCCCUGAUAGCAUGUGAUGGCUCGGCGUCUUCGGGUGCUGGGACUGUCCCCUCUGUAACAUCCGCAUUCA